UCAAGCAUCGCGCUUCCACCUCCAAACAUGACAAUAAUCAAGCCAUGGAGCCGCCAGUCCUCUCCUUCUACGGCACCGAGCCCGUACCUCUACCCUCGCGAUUUGCCCAGAUAAAGCGCAAUCUCGUGGCAGGCCAUGAAUCCCAGCUCGAGGCUUCUUGGGCACGCCUGCUCGACGCCCUGCGCGAAGAAGUCGACCACAUCCAAAAUUUGGGGCCCAACUUGACCCCAUCAAUUGACUUUGCCAAUGUCGACGACCCGUCCAAGACGGCCGAUUUUGCCCGCGACCUGAAGCGCUACGGCGUCGGCGUCGUGCGCGGCGUCAUGCCCAAGGCUGACGCCGACGUCUGCAUUUCCGAGACGGUGAAAUACCUCGAAACAAAGCAGGACUUCAAGGCUCCGUCCGCGCAGGACCCGACCUGCUUCGACUUUUUCUGGACUCCGGCCCAGGUGCGCACCCGCGCCCACCCCAACGUAUUGCACGCGCAAAAGUUUGCCAUGUCGCUGUGGGACAAUCAGGCCGACGACAGAAUGGCGACCCGCUUCCCAAUCUGCUACGCCGACCGUCUUCGCAUCCACGGUGUCACAGUUGGCAGCAUGGGCGACGGUGCAGCCAAGGGAAAUGUGACUCCCCCAGUCAACGCGAGCGGCAAUGGCACCCCGACUGGCGCCAGCGCCGCGCUCGAGCUGCCCGGCGACUUUACUUCGUCGACGGUGAUUGCACAGGUCGACAACGGCAGCCUAGAGCGAUGGGAGCCCGAUGGCUACGGCCGCGGGGGCACCUACGACGCCGUCUUCGAGGGCGCAUGGGAGUCAUACGACCCGUGGGACCCGACAGGCCGCGUGAGCACCACCUCGGACCUGUACAAUGGCUACGGCGCCUGCAGCAUCUUCCGCAUGUACCAGGGCGUCCUAGCCCUCAGCACGAUCGGGCCAGGCAUGAUCCGGCUGCUGCCGUCGCCCAAGCUGGCCACGGCGUACUUCCUGCUUCGGCCCUUCUUCUCCCCGAAGGUCAAGGCGCCCGAGAACGAGCGCGACGGGCCCGAAUGGGAGGCUUACCUCGAUGCGUCCAACUGGCAGCUCGACCGCGAGCAGAGCACUAUCAUCCACGGGGCCGUGCCGGGCCACGCCCAGCGCCUGACGGAGCUGUGGCACCCGCACCUACACCUGCGCCGGACCCUCGUCACCAUCCCCACCCUCCAGCCCGGCGACUACAUCAUGUGGCACCCGGAUCUGGCCUACCACAUCACCAGCAACGGCAGCAUCGCCGCCAGCCGCGCCGCCACGCCGCCGCCCGACGAGCCCGCCACCCCCAACGUCUCCAUCCUUGUCUACCUCCCCGCCGCACCCCUCACCCAGACCAACGCCCUCUACCUCGCCCGCCAGCGCAAGACCUUCCAGCGCGGCCACCCGGGCCCGGAUUUUGACGCCACGGGUAGCGGCCUCGGCACCGAGGCGUCGCACACAGGACGGCCCGGCGAGGCCGAGAUUGCCGAGGUGGGCGGGCCCGCGGGCCUACAGGCCAUGGGGCUUGCGCCGUUCGACGUGGCGCCGACGCCGCCGGCAGGUGAUGAGAAGAAGGCGGAGGACGGCGGCGUCCGGGAUGGGAAAGACGCGGGGAUGAUGAUGGAGCUGGACGGCAGCAGCGGUGAGGCCAAGGGCAAGGGCGUCGAGGGCCGGGCGUCGCCGGGACAGGGAGAGGUGGAGGUGGCGCGGCUGGCGAACAUCAUAUUGUUCCCGGACAGGUACGACUUCUACAUGGCGAGGAGGCAUGUGACCUCGGCGCCCAAGGUGAAGAAGGAGAAGGAGUGAGGGCUAGACAUGCAUCCACCCCGCCACCGUUUUUGGCAUGGUAUGGGGGCGGUUAUUCAGGAGCUGCUCGAAGGAGUCGGCAGCGAGACUCUGGGAGUCUUUCACAUUGGCGAGCUCUAGCAUAUUGGAGAGGUUCUCGUGCAAUGAAGAUUUUGAUAUAGACGCAAAUACAAAGGUGCCGCAGCAUCUGAU